UAAAAAGCAUUUUUAUUUAUUUGUGUCCCGAAUGAAUGGAACCCAAAAAGAGCCAAAGCCAGGCAAAGGUAAAGCCCUCUUGCAAUUUUUGUCUGGCGGAUCGGCGGGUCUCCUCGAACUAUUACUAUUGCAUCCAUUUGAUGUUGUCAAGACACGAAUACAGCUGCAGGGUGUGCAGGCAAAUCCCGAACAGCUUCAAUACUCGGGUGUCAUGGACUGCAUUUCAAAGAUCUAUCAUUACGAAGGUGUUGCUGGCUUUUGGAAGGGCAUCGUGCCUCCCAUUUGCUCGGAGACCCCAAAGCGAGCUUGCAAGUUUGUGAUUUACGAGCAGGUCAAGCCCCUCUUUCUGUUUGGAGCACCACAGCCGACGGCUCUGACGCAUGCCAUGGCAGGGGCACUGGCGGGCACACUGGAGUGCGCUAUCCUGAAUCCUUUUGAGGUGGUCAAAAUCACACAGCAGGCGUAUCGCAAGGACUCUCUCAAUACCCUAAAUGUGGCCGGAAAAAUCAUUCGGAACGAUGGCUUUGGCAUCAAGGGACUCUACCGAGGCAUUACAGCGCUCAUGCUCCGCAAUGCCAUCUUUCAUUUCGCAUAUUUUGGCCUAUAUCAAGGACUCAAAGAUGAACUUCCCGCCUAUGAGGAUAGGUUCGCAGAGUUCUUGCGUCGCGGUGCCCUUGGCUUCUUCGCGAGCAGCGUUAGCUGUGUGUUUAGCGUCACUUUCGAUGUGGCCAAGUCCCGCAUCCAGGGCCCUCAGCCCAUCAAAGGCACCAUCAAAUAUAAAUGGACUGCGCCCACGAUCUGGACGAUCUACACAGAGGAGGGCUUUCGAGCGCUGUUUAAGGGCUUGAGUGUAAAGAUAAUGCGUGCGGGACCCGGAGGUGCUAUUCUAAUGCUGGCCUACGAGUAUGGUUAUGAGUAUCUGACGAUUAAAUAUGGUUGAUUUGUAUGUGUAGACAAUAUUUGGAUUUACGUGGCUGAGAGUGUGUGUCCAAGGAAAAUACAAUGAAAGUGGUUAUCGAUAA